AUGCAACGGGGGACAUAUUUACCGAAGGAACCACUUCCGGCCAAGUAGUUGCAGCAUGAAGAAGGAGCAAGUCGUCAACUGUCAGUUUUCGGUCUGGUACCCGAUAUUUAAGAAGCAUACAAUUAAAAGCUUGAUUCUUCCACUGCCUCAGAAUGUAAUAGAUUAUCUACUGGACGAUGGUACACUGGUAGUCUCUGGGAGUGAUCACAACACAGACAAAGACACACCCAACAGCGACUCAGAUGAGGAAGAAGAUAUUCAGUGGUCAGAUGACGAGACAACUGCUACUGUCACAGCUCCAGAGUUUCCAGAGUUCACCUCUAAAGUUCUAGAGGCCAUCAACGCCUUGGGUGGGCGAGUCUUUCCUAAACUCAACUGGAGCGCUCCUCGGGAUGCUAACUGGAUCGCCCUGAACAGCUCCCUGCAGUGUCAGAGUUUGAGUGACGUAUUUCUGCUCUUCAAGAGUUCGGACUUCAUCACCCACGACCUCACGCAGCCAUUCCUGCAUUGCAGUGACCAAGAUUCCCCGGAUCCAGUCAUCAACUAUGAGCUCGUCCUGAGGAAGUGGAGCGAACUCAUUCCCGGGGGAGAGUUCCGCUGCUUCGUCAAAGAAAACAAACUUAUCGGGAUCUGCCAGAGGGACUACACUCAGUACUACCACCACAUAUCCAAUCAGGAGGAGAACGUCUGCCAGGCCAUCCAGACCUUCUUCCAGGAGCAUAUCCGCUACAACUUCCCAGACGAGGACUUUGUGUUGGAUGUGUACAGAGACAGCUGCGGACGGGUGUGGCUCAUCGACAUCAACCCCUUCGGCCUGGUGACCGACUCCUUGCUGUUCUCGUGGGAGGAGCUUACAUCCGGGAACCCGCUCUCGGCCAAUCAGCAGGAAGGGGAACAAGCCCAGCAACAGGAGGGCCCAGCGUUCCGCCACACCACCAGCGAGGUGACGGUACAGCCCAGCCCGUGUCUGAGUUACCGGAUCCCGCGGGACUUUGUCGACCUCACCACCGGCGAAGACGCCUACAAACUCAUCGACUUCCUCAAACUGAAGAAGAACCAACAGGAGGCGUCCGAAGAGGAGGAGGAGGAGCAGCAGGACGAAGAGGCGCCGCAGUGACGUGCACCAAACCACACACCAGUCACCCCUUAGCUUGUAAACCAUACUGCUAACCUAGCCAACCCCACCCCAUAGGGCCCCAAUGAGUCCAGACGAUUAGCUUCUAGCGUCGCUAGCAUGCAUGCUCUCGCUGUUCCUUGUUACAAAAGUCUUAGAGGUGUUUUCUCCUUGUUUUGUUUCAUGUAUUGAUGGGUGGGAGGUUUUGUGUCCUGUACAACUUAAACUUUAUGGACCUUUUUAUUCACACAAUUUGCCAACAUGUAAGGUUGUUUGGUAAAGUCCCACCUUAGCUGUAAGGCUGAAGGUUACAACGUGUUCUUUAAGAAGGCAACUGCAGAUGCACGUUUUUCAAAUCAGACCAACGUUUAACCACGUUAAAUGUUACGAAAAUUUGCUCUCACCCCACUGGGAAUGCAAUUGAGACAUGUACUUUUGUGGCAUGAAUGUUGUUUUCAUUUCCGGUGCAGGGAUACUGAUCUAGUUACAUAGCGACUCGGUCAAAACCUGAGGGAUCACAGUACAGUGGAUGCUUUUUCAGGCAAUAAAAAUUGUUCAUGGCUGAGCUUUGAGUUGUACGGUAGCCUCUUAUAACCAUUCCAAGUUAAUUUACCGCAGAUAAAGGGGCGGUUGUAUUCCCCGAGGAGGCGGGGUAUCAAGGGCUCCCCUUCCUGAUGUGUUUUACCCGUUUCGAGAGUGUUUCCUCCACAACAUCUAUUAAAACCUGCAUUGAUUCGUCUCACACAGACUUGCCCCUGCUGCAAUAAACUUGAAUAUUAAGAAUU